AUGGCUAAUUCUGGCGUGACACAGCUGCUCGGCUUCCGGUUCCGCCCCACGGACCAAGAAAUCAUCGGCUCCUUUCUCUACAAGAUGGUGGUGGAGAAAAGGCCUCUGACCUCGAUGCCGCAAUACAACAAGGUUAUCCACAAGUGCAACCUCUUCGGCAACAAUCGAGAACCCUCAGAAAUUUGGAGAGAUUACGGAGGAGAUCAACUUAAGGAUCAAGACUUGUACUUCAUUUCUGAGCUCCAGAGAAAUGGUUUGCGCAUCCAACGCAAGACUGGCCGCGGUACUUGGAGCGAAACCGAAACCUACCAAAAUGUUGAUGUUAUAGGGAGAAAACGGAAAUUCCGGUACGAGAACGGGAAUGCUUCGGAGGACCACGCGGUGUGGCUUUUGGAUGAAUAUAGCCUUUUCAGAAAGGCUUCCAAGAACGGCACAAGUAGUAAUUGCUAUGAUUUUGACGUUGUGAUUUGUCGGCUGAGAAGGAAGGGCAAUAUGGACAAGUCUGGGAAAAAGAGGAAGUGCUCGUCUCAAGAUCAAUCAAACAAGAAGAUGAAAAGAGAUCAAUCUACAAAGGAGAUGAAAACUGAAAAUUCAGUGGGGCCGCAGAUUAUGAAUGAUGAGAGGAAUCAGUUGAUGAUCAACGAGAGUACCACUUAUGAUCAAGAAUAUUUGAUCGACACCAAUUAUAAAAGCUUCGACAUUGAUCAACUCUUUACAGAACUAGACCGCGAACCGCCAUUGUUACACUCGCAGCAACUGCCUCAGAUUGCUGAAAGCCAAGAAGAGCCUUGUGUUGAUCAAAUUAACGGACCAGCGGAAGCAGCCACCAGCAAUCUGAGUAAUUUUGAGUAUAAUAGCGAUGAACUUGCAGGAUUAAUAGGGCAAUAUAAUAUGAAUGCCGAUGAUUAUGAGGAUCCAAAUUUAUUUAUCGACGUCGAUGAACUAUUGGCAGCAGAUGCAGAGCCUUUGUCAACCUUUGCAGAGCUCGAUGAUGUUCAUAAUGUGGUCAGCCAACCAUUAGACCAAAACGGCUACUGGUCCAAUUCCUUUAUGGAUCAGACUUACAAUUCCUUUAUGGAGGAAAUCAUGGCUGAUUAA